AUGAGUGAACGUCAAGUGCCGACCGCUGUUGCGCAACGUAUUGUCAUUCGUUUUUUGGUGUGGGAAGGCGUUAAAAACACGGAAAUUCUUUGGCGUUUGCGAAAUCAGUUCGGUAGUGAGUGCCUGAGUAAGUCUGCUGUGUUUAAAUGGGCCAAAGCGUUCAAAGAUGUCCGCGAAACCGUCAAGAAUGAGCCGCAUGAUCGUCGACCGCGAACCAGCAUCACACCAGUCAACAUUCGCCGCGUAGAACAACUCAUUUUGGAGGAUCGUAGGAUGAAUGUUCGAAACAUUUCGGCUGAACUUGGCAUUAGUAUUGUUAGUGUAGAGUCUAUAAAUAAAACUACAAAAG